GAAUUUUGCCCGUGGAUCCUGUCGAUGGGGCCAGAACUGCCGCUUCUCGCACGACAGAAAGUCAGCCCGGAUCUGCAGGUACUUCCAGAGGGGGUUUUGCAGCUACGGAGAGCGGUGCAGUGUGGAGGUUGAGGAGGAAAAGAAAGACGAAGAGAACAUCCCAGCACCUGGUAACGUCCCCCAUGGGGCCAUCGGCAGAGAAUUUGUCCCUCAACGAGCUCGGGGUGCCUCAGGCUCCCAACCACGAAGGCUGGGACUGGAUCCAAGUUCCACUGACCCCAGAGAAGUGUUAGUGGAGACAGCGACGUGGACUGACCCUGCAGAGGUCCCCGUGGAACCGGGUGCUGCAGCAGCUCCGGUCCCCACCAUGGUGCUGAGGGCCCGGAGCGAGGCCAUUGUGUGUGGCAUCUGCAUGGACCGGGUGUAUGAGAAGCCACUGCCAGAGGAGCGGCUCUUUGGGAUCCUCCCGAACUGCAGCCACGCGUACUGCGUGGGCUGCAUCCGCAAGUGGCGUCAGAGCCGGGACUUCCAGAGCGCGGUCAUCAAGGCCUGCCCAGAGUGCCGGGUCACCUCCAGUUACUACAUCCCUCACAAAUAUUGGGUCUCGGAUGUGCGUGAGAAGGAGAAGCUCAUCGAAACCUUCAAGGCACGGACAGGGAAAAUGAGGUGCAAGUUCUUUGUCCGGAACCGUGGUCGCUGCCCCUUCAAGUCAGAUUGCAUCUACUUGCACGAGCUGCCCGCUGGCCAGCUGCCACGGCACAGGCGGCAGCGGCCAAGGAUGCCCGUUGUAAGUGGGGUGGUGGGGCUGGGGCACUGCAUGGCCGUGCACCGUGGCUCGGGGCUUGGGCUCAUGGUAUCUCCUGUGCUGCAGGAGUUCAGCCCUUCUUCCUCGGAGAGCUCUGACGAGGAGGACGAGGAGUUCUGCGUGCUCGAAUGGGCUCUCACCCUGGCCCUGAUGGACGCCGACUUUCGGUACUCGAGUUAUGGCCACGAGAUGCUCUUCACGGACUUCAGUGACUCUGACUAA